AUGGCCUCCACCUUCCAAGGCUUGGAUAUAUUAUCCCCCAAAGAUCAGCAUCUAUUCUCGACAUUCAGCCGUGGGACUCAUACGAAACCUCGUUUCUCACUAGUUCACGAAGCUUUUGAAGAUGUCGUCAAUAGGCAGCCGCACGACGUUGCCGUCGAGUAUGAUGGCGACACCCUUACUUAUGGACAACUCGACCGAGCGGCGAAUACGUUGGCGAACAAGCUAAUUCGGGAUGGACUACAGCCAAGACAGAUCGUAUGUAUACUGGCGCAGAGGUCUAUUAAUUUGGUUGUUGCUAUGCUUGCGGUUCUCAAAUGCGGCUGUCAGUAUGCGCCGCUUGAUGGUGGGGUAGUUCCAGAGACCGUACUUGGAUAUAUCCUGGUGAACACCCGGGCAAAAGUGGUGCUUUGUCUUGAGAAAUUUCGGGGCAAGGCUGAAAGAUGCAGCAACGGCGCGUCUGUUGUGGUUCUUGAGUCGGCAUUAGAGAAUAACUCUAAAGAGAUAGCGGGCAGACCGGGUGUUGAUAUCUCCCCGCUAGACGGGGCUUAUGUGAUAUAUACAUCAGGAACAACUGGAAUACCCAAAGGAGUGGACGUAAGUCAUCGGAAUGUCACGAAUUUAUUGUGCCUCUCGCCAGGGUCAUUAGGCAUUGACCGGGGUACCAAUGUACCUCAACUAUUAUCUAUUUCAUUUGACAUGGGCCAAUGGGAAAUUUUGGGAACACUAUUGAACGGCGGAACAUUACUGCUGCGGACUUCUGAAUGGUCAGCUGUUUUAAAAAGAGCACAUACUAUCAUUUCAACACCUUCUAUAUUAGCAACGAUCACGAGGGCGGAUUAUCCCAAUAUCCAGACUGUUGCUUUGGCCGGAGAACCAUGUCCCGCAAUGUUAGCAAACGAGUGGUCAGAACAUGUCACGCUUUAUAACUGUUGCGGGCCAACUGAAGUCACCAUUGUCAAUACUAUCAAGCAGCACAUACGGGGCGAAAAGCUCUGCAUAGGAAAGCCAGUGCCUAAUACUAACGUAUAUAUUUUGGACGAUGAUGAGAAUCCGCUCCCGAUGGGGAGUGUUGGUGUAAUGUGGGCCGCCGGUCGUUGUGUUUCCAGAGGCUAUGUCGACUCGCCAGAACUCAUGGCUAAGAAAUUCAAGUAUGACAAAUUCGAGACUGAUGGAUCCUUUAUGUUCAAUACUGGUGAUCUUGGGCGGUGGAAUGAAGAUGGAACUCUGGAGCAUCGUGGCCGAAUAGACCACCAAGUGAAAAUAAUGGGAUUUCGAGUAGAGCUUGAUGGAGUAUCUGCUGCCAUUGAGAAAGCUCCUGGCGUCACAAGAGGAUGUGCAAUACUUCACGAGAAAGUCUUAUGGGGAUUCUACUCGGGGUCAUCGGAUAUCAACGAACUAGCAGUGAAAGCUGUUGUCGAAAAGUAUCAACCAUAUUACGCAGUGCCUCAGAAAUGGGCCUCCAGAGUCACGUUGCCUCUUACACCAAACGGCAAGAUAGAUAGGAUGGCCCUACUUGCUUCAAUCACAAGACCUUUGACAGAUGACUACGCUAGCAAAGUGGAGGCAGUUGGAAUCUUAGAUUGUCCCAAAAAUGCUUUGAUGAAGAUAGCAUCCGGUAGCUCUUCACCUAUCUCUGACGCCGAGAAGUCGAGUCUGUCCCUUGUGCGAUACACACUUCCGGAAAAGAAGGGCCUUCAUGGCUGGAGGGCGCUUCGUCACCGAACAUUCUCGCUCUACCGAAGGUUAUUCUCGGUUGUCUUCAUUAUCAACCUGAUACUGUUAAUUGUGAUGCUAACAGAACGAGGAGGGCCGAAGUUGGAUCAUCUAGCCACAGCGAUAGCAGCAAACCUGGCUGCUUCAGUCUUGUUCCGCCAAGACUAUGUUAUCAACUUCUUAUUUACUAUCGCAUGCUCAGUCCCAACAUCAGCUCCUAUGUUUAUUCGACGGAACUGCGCUAAAAUAUACCACAUUGGUGGUCUUCACAGCGGUCUUGGUGUUGCAUCAACAUUCUGGCUGUUGGCUUUUACAAUUACCGCUACAAUCCGCGGAUCGUGCCCCGCUGCUCUCGUCGUUAGCUACGCACUUGUCGGAUUGCUCUGUAGCAUACUCGCGCUCGCCCAUCCAACCUACCGUGCUCAGUUCCACAACCACUUCGAGAUGGUGCACCGUUUUGCCGGCUGGCUAGCCCUGGCGCUCUUCUGGGUGCAGACCGUACUCUUCGCCUGGGAGAGAACGGGGAAAUCGCGUCUCGGCCACGCUCUGCUUCAUAGCCCUGGGAUCUGGCUCCUCACCAUCGCCACGGGCAGCAUCAUCAUCAACUGGGCCCGUCUCCGCAAAGUCACAGUAACGCCAGACGUGCUGUCUCCCCACGCGGUCCGUCUCUACUUCACGCACACAAACGCCGUCGUUGGCACCGCCGUCCGCAUCUCCGAGCGUCCCCUCCUCGAAUGGCACGCCUUUGCCACGAUCGCCAAGCCGAACUCGAAAGGCUUCUCGCUCCUCGUUUCCAACGCCGGCGACUGGACGUCCCGCCAGAUAAAACUCGCGCCAACCAAGCUUUGGGUGCGUGGAAUUCCCGCCUGUGGCGUGCUACGCAUCGCGCCUCUAUUUAAGUCCAUCGUGCUCGUAGCCACCGGCUCAGGGAUUGGGCCCUGCUUGCCAGUUAUCUACGCGAAGAAAGUGCCUGCGCGUAUUUUCUGGUCGACACCAUCUCCGGAAUCAAAUUUCGGGGCUGAGAUUAUAAGUGCGAUUCGGGAUGCGGAUGCGAGGGCUGUGAUUCAUGAUACGAAGACGAAGGGGCGCCCGAAUAUGGUGGAGAUUAGCUAUCGGCUGUUGAGGGAGAGUGAUGCGGAGGCGGUGUGUGUUAUUAGCAAUAAGAAGUUGACGAGAAUGAUCGUUUAUGCUAUGGAGAGUAGGGGGAUCCCGGCGUAUGGGGCGAUUUGGGAUUCUUGA